AUGUUGUGUAAUCCCAAAAAUCCUGAUAAGGUGAAGUGUAAGUUAUGCGGGAAAGAAUUUUCAGGUGGGGCAUAUAGGAUGAAAGAGCACAUUGCAAAGAUUCAAGGAAAUGUUUCUGCUUGUCCAUUAUCAUCAAAAGAGGAUCAAGAAAAGUGUAAAACUGCUAUUGAUGAAGCAAAGAAGAAAAGAAAAAACAAAAUGAUGUCAGAUGUUGACUUGAGAAAUUCUGUAAAGAUAUGUGAUGAUGGGGAAGAGGAUGUCGAACUUGGAGAGAUGGGAACAAAAAAGAAGCCACGAACACUUGGUCCAAUGGACAAGUUUGCAUCAGAUAUUAACCCACGACUUUCUUCCAUUCCAACAAAGCAACAAAAUAUAAGUGAUGCACUUUGGAAAGAUAGACUUCAUAAAGUUCAUCAAUAUGUUGCAAGAUGGGUUUAUGUAGCUGGUGUCUCUUUUAAUUCUACUGGAAUUGAUGAGUUUAAGUUGAUGCUUGAAGCUGCAGGACAAUUUGGUCCAGGAGUUACACCACCAAGUCAAUACCUUUUACGUGAGCCUUUAUUGAAAGAAGAAGUUGGUAGAGUGAAAGGUUUGUUAAAGACCCAAGAAGAAGAGUGGAAGGAGAAUGGUUGUUCAGUAAUGACUGAUGCUUGGUCUGAUAGAAAAAGAAGAAGUAUUAUGAAUUUGUGCAUCAAUUGUAGAGGAGGAACUAUGUUUCGUUCUUCUAGGGAGUGUUCCGAGGAUGCUCAUACAGGUCAAUUUAUUUUCGAGUUUGUUAAAGGAUGCAUUGAGGAUGUUGGGGUAGAGAAUGUGGUUCAAGUGGUAACCGACAACGCACCAAACAAUAUGGCUGCAGCUAAGAUCUUAAAAGAGAAAUUUCCAAGCAUUUUUUGGACAUCAUGUGCUGCUCAUACAGUGAACUUAAUGCUAGAGAGCAUUGGGAAACUCCACAACUUUAAGACGGUCAUUGACAGAGCUAAAGGGUUCACCAUCUUUGUUUAUGCUCACCAUAAGACUUUGGCAAUGAUGAGGAAAUUCACACAAAAUAAAGAUAUUGUGAGACCGGGAGUCACUAGGUUUGCGUCAUGCUUCUUAACACUACAAAGUUUAAUGGAUAAACAAGAUAAGUUAGAAGCAAUGUUUAUUAGUACUGAUUGGAAAAGCUGUAAAUGGGCAAAGCAUCCUAAAGGAGUAGAAGCCUAUAAAACAGUGAGAAGUACGCAAUUUUGGAAUGGAGUGAAAAUGUGUUUGAAGGUUUUUGGACCCUUGGUCAGAAUACUUCGGCUAGUUGAUGGGGACAAGAAGCCGACAAUGGGUUACUUGCAUGGGGAGUUAACACAAGCAAAAGUUGAGGUGCGUGGUGGGUUGAACAAUGUUGAAAAAAACAUACAACCAAUCAUGAAUAUCAUUGACCAAAGGAUAAAGGGUCGGCUUGACAAUCCUCUGCAUUUGACUGCUUAUUUUUUGAAUCCUUACUACUUCUACAAGGAUUCAACCAUCCCAUUAAAGGAUAAUGUACUUACUAGUUUUCUCAAGUGUGUGGAUGCUUUUUUCCCGGAUGACCUUACCACACAGUGCAAUGUCAUCAAUGCUGAAAUUACUAAGUACAAAAAGAAAGAAGAUAACUUUGGAACAGUAUGGGCCAUCAAAGGUUGUGAAGAUAACAAAGAUGAUUAUGAUCCAGUUGAGUGGUGGAGUACUUACGGAACUUCAGUUCCUAACUUACAAAGAAUGGCUAAAAGGAUAUUGUCUUUAACGACUAGUUCAUCGGGAUGUGAAAGGAGUUGGAGCUCAUUUGAAGGGAUUCACACAAAGAAGCGGAAUCGGCUUGAUACAAGUCGGUUGAAUAAUCUGGUUUUUGUCCAAUUCAACACUAGAAUUAUGAACAAAAGAAAAAAGGUACAAAAGGAGAAGGAUAUUGAUAUAUUAGUUGCUGAUCACGCUAUUUAUGCUCAAGAAUGGAUUAUUGAGGGUGAAAAUGGAGAAGAGGACUUGGAUGUGGAUUUAGGACUUGGCAAUGGCAAGAGAGCUGGAGAGGGAGCUGGAGAGGGAGCUGGAGAGACAUCAAUGGCGGGUAAUGUGGGUGAUGUUAGAGAAUUGGAUGAUGAAGUUGUCAUUUCAGAUGAUGAUGAAGAUGAAGAACAUGUUGAUAUUGACUUCGAAUCAGAUGGAGAUGAAGUUCAAGACAUAUACGGAGUAUAA